AUGGAGGAAGACGAAACAACGCCAACAUGUCGCCUUUUGUCAUUGCCAUGGGAGGACGUAUUGGUUGCCCAUAUUUUAUCCUAUUUACCUUUAAAACAGCUUUUCGCCUUGCAAAGAGUCAGCAAGCGGUUCUGCGAGCUCAUCAGGCUCUUUUUUAGCAAAUGCACAACUUUUGAGCUAGUUGAACAAUGUGUUCCAAAAGUGGCCUUUUGCACGUUAGUGAAGGAUAACAAUGUUCUCUGCAAGCUGUCACUUGAGAGUUGCUCCUCCUGGCUAACGAACAGUGACCUGCUGCCUGUCAUCAGCCGGAACCAGCGUCUGCAGACACUUGACUUGAGCGGCUGCAAUGGCUUGACACACCACACCCUGGUUGCCAUAUCUUUGACCUGCAUACAUCUGCGGCACCUCGCUGUGGCCCGUUGCGACUACGUGGAUGGCCCGUCUCUGCGCAGCCUGGCCGACCAUUGUCGGGAGCUGCGAUCGCUCGACCUCGGCGGUUGCUGCCGGCUAACAGACGACACCAUCUGCUACCUGGCCAAAAAGUGUGUACGUUUAACCUUUCUGUCUUUGGCUGUCAAUGAAAAUAUCACGGAUGAGUCAGUGGAGGAUGUGGCCAAGAACUGCAGGGGCCUCGAGCAUCUGGACCUCAGCUGCUGCCUGCGGGUCAGGGACAUGGCCAUAAGGACAGUUGCAGAGUACUGCCCCAAGCUGCAGUCAUUGAAGGUGAAACACUGCCAUCAUGUGACUGAGUCCAGUCUGGAACUAUUACGCAAGCGCAACGUGCUGGUGGACGUUCAUCCGCCACCAGGGAGGGAGCGGCUUUCACUUGCAGUGCACUGUGGUCCUUAUGUCAAUAUCCAGGUAUAA